CAAAAGAAAUAUAAAUUCCUAGCACAUGAUUUUUCAAAUUAGAUGCAUUUUCCAAAUUUAUUAACAACCUAGUUUGUUGCCUAAGAGCAGGGUACAGAAAAAAAAGUCAUUCAAAACCAUCUGAUGUGAAUUCUAUUAAUCUUGUAACAAAAUUGUAUUAUAUUUGCCUUUAUGUUAGCUUUAAGGAAGGACUUAGCCAACUUAAUUUUGAUAAAUAUUUGUAAGAAUGCAGGAGUAUGAAAUAAGCCAUUUAAACAUUGUUUAGGUAUGCAGGCAAAAUUGUACAAGACAACUGGUUGAACCCAUUUCAAAAAACAAACCAUGUUUAAAAACCACAGCAGAUGUGUUCACCAUCAAACUAUACCAAAAAUAAACCACAUAAUGGCUUAUUCUUAUCUGACUACAGUUAGCAGAAAUAAUUUACAGGUUAAGAGAUUUUCAUGAAUUAGAAUUUUUUUUCUUUUUAAACCAUAAAUGUGAUACAAGUAAUAACAUGAUAGGUUGAUGGUGAGCCAGAUAAAUAAAAUUAGAUUCAGACAAGAUGGAGUUGCUACUGAUAAACAGAAAGCUGAAUCUGAAAUAAGCUUCAGCCUGUUUUGGAUAGUCUUUCACCUAUAAAAGAGCAAUUCCACAGUAUGGGAGUGCAUCUUGAACUUCAGCUAUCACUGGAUUCACAGAUAACAUUAAUUUUUACACAAUUAAGACUGGAGUGCUAGCAGUGACCUUUCCUAAGUUAGAUUUGGUGACAGUUAUCCACACCUUGGUUCCAUCUGGACUUAACUAUCACAACACUAUAUGUGGGAUGUCCUUGUAAAGCUUCUGGAUUUUGCAAUUAAUACAAAAGAUGAUUGCUAAGCUGCUAACUAGUACAAGGUAUAAGAAUCAAAUGGUGACUUUACUAAAAGAUCUGUAUUGGUUGCCAGUUGAUUAUUGGAUAUAAUUUGAGAUGUUGGUAUUUAGACAGCUUAGAGCCUGAAUAUUUGAGUGACCACCUGUCUUAUUAUGAUCAUGUCUAGCAGCAGUGGCCCUUCUAAAUAUGCCCCUGUUGUCAGAAGUCUGCUUAUCUGGCAUGAACCUGCUUGGGAAAUUAGAGAGACUUUUGGCAAACAACAUGAGCAGCAAUGCAUUUUGGGAGAUUGGUGAUUUCCUCCAUGGUGUCCUUCCGUGCACACUAGUCUGGUUCAGUGUUUUUCUUACGGUGGACUUAGGAACACUGACAUCAGACAAUGCAAGAGUGGCCUACAGAACCUUUCCUAUUCCCCUUAGGGUUUUUGUAACCUCUCCAAAUAUUGUGCAUCUUGUUCUCAGGGUAUUCUUGCUUUUGUCCAUAGAGCUUCUACAAAUAUACUGACAUUGAAUUUUUAGGCUAUUGAUACACCUCAAGAAUUGCAGUGGAAGAUAAUAAAAUAAUGCAAGCCUAACUGAUUCAUUUUAAAACUUACAGUAACAUUUUGUAAUUAGUCAUGGAUUGUUCUUGUUGCAAAUUUUAGCCAUCAACCAAGGGGGGAAUGCUAUUUUUGUCUCAUUAUUGUUGAUCAGCUUCCAAAAAAAGGCAAAGUCCCUUACCAAAGACUUUUGAAUGAACAACCAUCAUGGGAAAAGAGGAGAGGUCAUGUUAUGUAUUGGUAAUUGGUUGAAUAACAGAAAACAAGGAAUAAAAAUAAAUGGAUAAAAUUUCCCAAUGAAAAACAAAUUCUUCAGUAGUCAUCUAGAAUUAGGGUUUAAAGAAGACAGCUUACAAAUAUAUGAAAAGAUGGUUAGAUCACGGUCAAGAUCUCCACGAUGGAAACGAAGGUCUUUAUCACCAGUCUUCAGGGCACAGGAACACAAUAGACAAAGGCACUAUCACAUUGAUUAUGACUGUGAAUAUAAGAUUUUCCAAAAAGACUCGAAGAAACUUAUGUCUUGGAGAAUGGAAGAUGGAAAACAUGGACAAGCCAAUCCCAGAUAUAUACCACAUGAAAGUAACUAUCAUAGACUUCAUGAAUGUAGAUCAUAUUCCCCUACUCUGAAAAGAAACCCUUCAGAAGACAUUGAUAAUCAUAAAUCUUUUAGAAUAUAUUCACCUGAAAGAAAUGAAAAUAUCAGAAGAAGCCAGUUUUCUUCCAGAUAUUCAGAAAUGUCUCGCAAAGAACACCAUCAGUCAUUUUAUCCAUCUAAAAUACGUGCCAGAGAAAUGCAUGAAGAUGUUCGACCUGUUGGAAACACCAAAGAAAUGAAGACAUUUCAUAGGCCAUUAAAGACUUCAUGUAAGUUUGAAAGGAAGUGGAAUGAAAAUGACUUGAGGCACCACCAGUUACAAGAAGACGAGUAUGUUCAAUCACCUCGAAGAUUUUCUAAUGAAUUUAUGCCAAGGAGUUCUUCCCAGAAGAGGUAUCCUGACCGUGAAUACAGAGAAUAUGGACCCAGCUCUAAAAAGGUGAAAGAAAUGGAGAGGUAUGAUAGAGAAACAGCAAGCAAUUCCAAAUGGAAGCAAAAUCAUUCUUCUUCCAACCAAGAAAAGGAAGAACAAAGAAAUCCUCAAGAUCAACGGCAUGCUGAACUCGAGUACAGUAAUAAUUGUGAAACUAAGGUUACAUAUGAUUAUUCUCAUAAACGUCAUAGACAUCCAGAUGGAGGAAAAUACAUUUCUGAUGAAAAAGCAGAAAAAUAUAUGAAGUUGGACAACAAGAAACACAGCUAUUGUAAAGGAGUUUGGAAUAGUAAAUAUUCAGAUCACUAUAGCAAUGACAGGGCGAGCAAUAUGGGAGAGCCUCACACUGAAGUGGCAGUGAAAUAUAAUUCAGGGAAAGGCUACAAUUCAUGUGCUAAAUCCUUAGAUCAAAAUGAAAAAGAACGAAUAAAGAAAGAUUUGGAUUUUAGGGGAAGAAUAGAUUUUUCCAGCAGCUACCAGCAUGACACCCAACACAAAAUUUCAGAUGUUCAUGCUAGGAAAGAAAAACUUACUGUCAAAGUGGAUAUGAAGAAAACAAUACAUAAAUACAGGUAUUGUCUCUUUAAUUAUACUGUAUCUAUUUUAUGUUAAUUCUUAAAUCUAAUA